AUGAGGAGAGCAAUUUCCUUCAUCCUCGAGCGGACGAGAAGCUCAGACAGUCAACCUGGUAGAGCUUCUCCUCCAACUUACUACGAUGAUGACUUCACUGCACCCACUCCCGCUGUAGCCCGCAAGAACCUUGACUCUGCUUUCAAGCAGUAUGGCCAAGUUCUACUCUCAUCCACUCAUCGUCGACCAGAAUCCUCGGGCAGCGAUGAUUCGUCGCUGGUCAAGGAUUUCGGUUCGUCCAGUUUGCUUGAUGACUUGCGAUAUCUCGGAAUUCAAGAUGUCGAGACAAUCUUUGAUCUGAUCAAAGCAAAAAAGGCUCAUGAGUCAAAUGAUAAGACUUAUCUCAUGGAAAGAAUCAUCCAACUGGCCGCUGAGCUACCGUCACACUCAAAGAGCGGUCUUACCUUGACCAACAACUUUGUAAAGGAGCUCUGGGAUGACUUGCAGCAUCCACCUCAGAUGUUUCUGGGGGAUAAGUAUGCUUAUCGGCAAGCAGAUGGCUCGCAUAACAACGUUUUGCAUCCCCAGCUUGGAGCAGCCAAUACUCCAUAUGCUCGUACGGUUCGUCCACAGACAGUGGGCGGCCCUCUUCCUGAUCCUGGAGUCCUCUUUGAUAGUUUGAUGGCUCGUAAGAAUUAUGAAGAGCAUCCGACAAAGAUAUCGAGCAUGCUAUUCUAUCUAGCCUCAGUCAUUGUUCAUGACAUCUUCCGAACUGAUCAUCUUGAUCACAAUAAUUCUAAAACGUCUUCUUACCUUGAGCUUUCUCCACUCUACGGCAGCAACCAAGCCGAACAAGAUUCAAUCCGAACUUUUUCUGACGGGAAACUGAAGCCAGAUUGCUUCACCGAAACAAGACUGCUGGCAUUUCCGCCCGGAGUUGGGUGUCUCUUGAUCAUGUUCAACAGGUCUCACAAUUAUGUAGCCGAGCAGCUGGCGGCCAUUAAUGAAGGCGGCCGAUUCAAUAAACCUUCGGAGCGGCUGGACGCAGAGUCUAGGGAACGCGCCUAUCGCAAAUACGAUAAUGAUUUGUUUCAGACGGCUCGCCUGGUUGUGUGCGGACUCUAUGUGAAUAUCAUUUUGCUUGACUAUGUAAGAGUCAUUCUGAAUAUCAACAGGACGGACAGCUUGUGGCAUUUGGAUCCUCGGGCUGAUACUGGCGACGGAAGCCCGGUUGGCAUUGGCAACCAAGUAUCUGUCGAAUUCAAUCUAUUGUAUCGUUGGCAUUCGGCCAUGUCCCAGCAAGAUGAGAAAUGGACCGAAGAAUUGUACGAGAAAUUGUUUCCAGGAAGGAAGCCAUCUGAGGUUUCGAUGCAUGAGUUUUUGAGAACCUUGGGAAAGAUGCAGCAUUCACUGUCGAAGGAUCCAAUCGAGCGCGAUUUUGCUGGCCUGAAACGUCAGACCAAUGGCCGAUUUGACGAUGACGACUUGGUCAAGAUCCUGACUGAAAGUAUUGAAGACUGUGCAGGAUCGUUUGGCGCCAAUAGGGUACCAACUGUUCUUAAGGCCGUGGAGAUUCUUGGUAUUCAACAAGCCCGUCAAUGGGGCGUCGCCAGUCUGAAUGAGUUUCGUAAAUUUUUCAGACUAAAGCCUUACGAAACGUUUGAAGAGAUCAAUCCCGAUCCCUACGUGGCUGAACAGCUCCGUCACUUGUAUCAACAUCCCGAUUUUGUAGAGCUGUAUCCUGGGCUCGUGGUUGAAGAGGCCAAGAAGCCGAUGGUACCCGGCAGUGGACUUUGCCCGUCAUUCACCGUCUCGAGAGCAAUAUUGUCCGAUGCUGUGGCACUAGUUCGGGGUGAUCGUUUCUACACGGUUGAUUAUCACCCCCGAAAGCUGACGAAUUGGGGUUACAAUGAAGUCCACUACGACACAAAUGUUGAUCAAGGUUGCAUGUUUUACAAAUUGUUUCUUCGAGCAUUUCCGAAUCACUUUCGGCACGACUCUAUCUAUGCGCAUUUUCCAUUGACGAUACCCUCAGAAAACAAGAUAAUCAUGACCGACCUUGGACAAGCGUCAAACUACAGCUGGGAUCGACCUGCUCGCAUGCCGCAGAGCCAGACAAUUACCUCCUACACGGGCGCCCGAUUCAUCUUGGAUGGUCACCAGAGCGUGAACGACACUUGGAAGGGUGCAAUGGAAGGUCUUCUUGAAGAGAAGGCUGAAAAGGCUGCACUCUCCAGAGCCCUGAUGGCAAAGAACCAAGAAUUUCCUUCGCCAGAGGACUGCUAUCCUUGUAUCAAACGAUUUUUUGAAAAUGUGACAAUCAAUUUGCUCCGGCGGAACUGCUACAAGAUUGCCGGUAUCAGCCAGGUAGAUGUUUGCAAGGACAUCGGGAACCCGGCUCAGGUCCGCUUCUGUGCCGAAAUUUUUGGUCUCCCCCUCAAGACCGACAAGCAACCAAAUGGGCUCUACAGCGAGGAAGAGCUUUUUGCGAUAUUGUCUCUCAUAUAUGCCGUGACUUUUGUCGAUUUGGAGUCGGGUGAGGUAUUUAGCACUCGCCAAGCAACUCGGUCUGUUGCCAAAGACUUGGGAAGUUUGGUCGAAGGCUAUGUUCGCGCAGUGUACAAGUACGAGAGAUCAACGGAUAAUUCCAAACCUUCCAACAUUAGGGGUUGCGGUGCCAGCCUGAUCCGACGGAUGCUGAGUAGGGGCCUUCAUCCGCGGGUGAUUGCGCUUUCGGAGAUUUUACCGGCUGCCAGUAGCAUUGUGUCGAAUCAAGGACGAAUGUUUGCUGAAGCGCUUGACUUUUAUCUGUCAGAAGAAGGAAGAGCCCAUCUUCCAGAGCUUCAACGGCUGUCAAAACUGGAUACUGCAGAAGCAGACGAGCAAAUCCUCCAUUAUGGUCUUGAAGGAUCUCGAUUGGCAACAUCUGCCCGUGUUCAGCGCGAAACGACGUCUGGGUUCGGGUUUUACGAAGUCAGCAAACUACGCCAUAGUGCAACUUCAUCCCGUAUUGUCAUUGACAUGGCAAAGGUCUGCCGUGAUAAUCGGGCAUUUGCCGACGCAGAUCAAGUUCGUCUGGAUCGUCCUUUGGAGGCGUACAUUCAUCUGAAUUGCGGUCCUCAUGCGCUAUUCCUCACAAAGAUUGCAGCCAUUGCUCUUACCACUAUGCUAAAGACCAUUUUCCGCUUGGAUAAUCUUCGCCGUGCGCCCGGCCAGCAGGGAGAGCUGAACCGGAUCAAGCGAGCUGGAGGCAGCGAUAUGUACAUGUCAGAGGAUUAUGGACGAUAUUUUGCUUAUCCUACCUCCAUGAAGAUCAACUGGGAUGGCGAAAUCGAAUAA